GGACGGUGUCUACCAGAAGGGGAUGGACUUCAUCCUGGAGAAGCUCAACCACGGGGACUGGGUGCACAUUUUCCCGGAAGGUCAGUGGGGCUGGCAGGGUUGGGCCCCCAGUCUGAGUGGGACGGGCUCCCAAGCCUCGCCUCUGUGCUCUCUCGCAGGGAAAGUGAACAUGAGCUCCGAGUUCCUGCGCUUCAAGUGGGGAAUUGGGCGCCUGAUUGCUGAGUGUCAUCUUAACCCCAUCAUCCUGCCACUGUGGCACGUCGGAAUGAAUGACGUCCUUCCUAACAGUCCGCCCUACUUCCCGCGCUUUGGACAGAAAAUCACCGUGCUGAUCGGGAAGCCCUUCAGUGCCCUACCCGUGCUCGAGCGGCUCCGGGCGGAGAACAAGUCGGCCGUGGAGAUGCGCAAAGCCCUGACCGACUUCAUCCAGGAGGAAUUCCAGCGCCUGAAGACGCAGGCCGAGCAGCUCCACCAGCACCUGCAGCCCAGGAGCUAGGCUUCCCUCUGCGGGCCUCGCCUCAGGCAGGGCCUGGCCUCGAGAAGCUGCAGGCCAGAAGAGCAGCCCCUUGCCAGAAGUCAGGCCCAGCCCCGCAAGAGCCUGAGACUGGCCACUCGCCCCAUGCCAGAGCCACCGACCUCACCCUUUCCAGCUCUCAGCGUCACUCGGUCCCGGGGCCUGUGGGUCAUGUUCUUAAACAGAACAAUAAAGCAUCUGCAUUGGGCUGUUGGA